UGUUGUUUUUAUUACUAUAAUGAAUACAAAUAUCAUAAGAAUAAAAGACAAGCAAGGUGCCCCAAUAUUAAGACUUCUAAAAUGCAAGUAGCGGUAUUUUUCCUUGUCACCUUUGGCAGUUGUGCAGGUGUCAACGUGCCUAUUUAUGAAAAGUUUGUGCAAUCCAUGAGUACUCAGUUCUCGCCAAAAGUGUUGAAAAAUAUAAAGUUGAACUUGAAAUUGUUUUUCAGAGAGCUAAAUGAACCACCGAGACAUAAACGAGGUGCUGAUGUGAUGCCAAAUUCGGUUCGAGAUUUCAUUCAUCUCAUUGGUAGGACCAACUCUGACUCAGCAAAAGAAAGUGGGCGGACGGCGGCAAUAAACAUCAACAGUUCCUUGGACUACAUCGCCACAGAUUUCACAACGCACGUACUUCCACACCUUAAUCGUCUGCUGGGAAAGAUCCGGGUACUUCAGAAAAAUGGCGCUGACAUUGGAAGCCAUGCUCAGGCAUCCAUUUCCUUUGUACAAGACAGUCUCGGUAAAACAGUGUCCGAUAUUGAUGGGACAAUCGUCCAGAGGGCAACCAAUUAACUGAUCAACAAGAAAUUUGAUAUCUUAAAACCCAUGAACAUACGACCAUAUAUUAUCAUUUAAGAUGUGCUAAGGUUUAUGAACGAAUUCUACCAUUGUGAUUAAUUUUUUGCAAAUAAUUAAAAGCUAUAUGCAAAAUGGAA